ACGAAGGUGGAGGCUUUACUUUUCAUUCAACCCUCGUAUGUCCCACGGAGGAUGAAUGGGCAAGGCUUGCGUUGCUUCUGCUCUAGAGGGGGCCAUGGGUUCCCAUGGCAGGAAAAGAGAUGCCACCUAAACACUAAGAAGAACGCCCCGAAGUUCUGAGUGAUUUGGACCCUGUUCGCUCUUUGAAGGCCUUCAAUGAAACUGAGUGACACCCCUGUGCUAAGGCCAUCUAGACUCACUUCUUCACUUCUCCCGGCCAUUGGAGGGGAGUGUUCCAUGGCUCUAUGACCUCACAAUCUGUCCCAGAAUCCCCUGCUUCAAGGCUCUGUCCCCCCCGCCGGAUGGCCUGGCCGACUGUCCCUUAGCCAGAGAGGCUCCUUGGAAGGCAUGAAGGAUCCUUAGGCGAAGGACCGCCAUGAUGCAUCUGACCUGCAUAGUCUUCUUCUGCAUUGCGGCUUCGUCUUCCUUGGAAACCACCGAGGAAGGGAGACCCAAAGCUCAGCCUCGGGCCUCAGAUCUCCGGCUGGCCAGUUCCAAUGAGAGCAAUGCAGAGGGCCAUGUGGACAUUGUCCGGAGAGCUGUCAGGAAGUAUCCAGAAGAUUCUGGACGCAACCAUAUUGGGCACCGGCAUGCCUCCUUCGAAGUGCCAAUCCAAGAUGAGUGCCACUGUCCGCCGACGAUGUCUGAAAGCACAGUGGUGGCCCUGGUGGCCGCCUUGGCCUUCCUGGCUUUCCUCCCCACCGUCCUCCUUCUGGCAGCGGUCAUCUGGUUCUUGUGUUGGGUGGUGAAGGCAAAUAAGAAGAAGGAGAAGGAGGAGAAGUCGGGCCACAUGCUGCAUCCUAAGAGGCGGGCCCCUCCUGUCCCGCCACCUCGCCCAGAGAACACCUACAGGCCGUCAAGGCGGACUUACGGAUAUGAGCAGAUUCAUCCGGCCUCCCCGCGAGAUACGCAAGGGGUCUACCUGAGUGCCAGUGAGUUGAACCCUGGGCCUAGAACCCAUCGGGAGAUGACAUACCAGAACCUUAAGCCAGCGGAAUCCAGAAGUCCUCGGGAGACGACUUACCAGAACAUGAAGCCAGUGGAACCCAAGACAGGCCCAGAGACGGGGUACAUCAGCCCUGAUCGAGUGCUGCCUCUUUCCACGCCUCCUUUGGAGAAGAGGUACGUGAACCCGGAGUCUCUGGAAAAGAAGUACAUGAAUAUCGAUCACUCCCAUCCGACCUCUCUAAGUGGAAGCGCUCCAGGGACUACCAUGUCGCCAACAUUGUCCCCAAGAGGGCGGGAGAACCAUAUCUACGAAGAGAUUGGAUGAGAGGAGGGCGGUGCACAGAAUGGCCUGUCUGCACGAAGGAGAGGGCCCUGCAAGAUGAGGGCCGCCAUGGCUUUGCAUUAAAGCAUCUCUUGUUUUGCUUA